CGAGUCUUGUAACCAAGCAUUGCCAGAUUUAAAGUGUACCAACCAUCCAUGAUGCAGAAUCUUGGUUCAAUGAGGUAUUGUGUUCUGAGGCAAUACAAGUUGCGGGCAAUGAGAGCCGUUACGGAGGUCAAAGGUCAGAGGUCAGCUAGCUCUAUGUCUGGCCUUACGAGGAAAGAGAUGAUAGACCGGAUCAUCAGGGUGGAUCACGCUGGAGAGGUCGGAGCUGAUAGGAUCUAUGCUGGUCAGCUUGCUGUACUCAAGAAUUCAUCAGUAGGACCACUCAUACAGGAAAUGUGGGACCAAGAGAAGCAUCACAAGGAGACAUUUGAGAGACUGAUCCCAGAACACAGAGUACGUCCCACAGCUCUGUUACCAAUCUGGAAUGUUGCAGGCUUUGUCUUGGGUGCUGGUUCAGCUCUGAUGGGAAAGGAAGCUGCCAUGGCCUGUACAGUAGCAGUGGAAGAAUCAAUAGGAGAACAUUAUAAUGACCAGAUCCGUGCGCUGAUCGAGGACGAUCCUGAGGUUCACAAGGAGCUAUUAGAAAUCAUCAAGGAAUUCAGAGAUGACGAGCUGGAACAUCUUAAUACAGGGCUUGAAAAUGAUGCAAAGAAGGCGCCCAUGUACUCGGCAAUGGAUGCGGUCAUCAAGACGGGAUGUAAGGCUGCUAUAUGGCUCUCGGAGAGAAUAUAAGACUUAAGACAUAAACACCUACAUUGCUUUAGAAGACAUGGUUCAAUUACUCCAACAAACUCUGCCUGGAAUUCCCAUCCUUUCAAGGACUCUACACAUUAGUCUUUUUCUCAAGCUGAACUUUAAAAGACCUUUGAAAGGCGCUAAGUGGGUACCCGGUAGGAUGCGAAAUUCUAUGAAGUGAGGAAAAAACUUGUUGGAAUAUUCCACUGGGAGUGGAGAAUGUGCAUAUAUUAUGUGUGGGUUAGCCAGCCAGAAUCCCAAGAUCAGGGUAGUAGUACAUCCAUUAAAUGCUUAAAGACAUCUCUCUGGUAUUUUAAAACAGAAAAAUAUUAUCAUUAAAAUGAUAGAUGAUAAGGGGGCUGUUUCAUAAAGCUGUUCGUAAGUUAGAGCGA